AUGCUAGAGAUAUUGAGUAAUAGCAGUAGCAGCAACAACAGUGGUAACAAUAAAUUAAUUGAACAAAAGUGCCCUCAAAAUAGUCCUGAGGACAGAGAUUUCUUCUGCCAUCAGAUGUCUUUCUGCUUGACUGAACUGCACCUGUGGUCUUUGAAGACUACCUUACACAUUGGGGAUAGAGACAUAGGGAUCUACCAGUAUUAUGACAAGAAAGACCCACCAGUAUCAGUGACAGACCAUGGUAACUUAGAAGAAAAGCAGAAGCUGGCAGAAUCACGAGAUUAUCCGUGGACACUCAAAAAUAGACGCCCAGAAAAACUUCGAGACUCACUCAAGGAGUUGGAGGAAUUGAUGCAAAACAGUCACUGUGUGCUGAGCAAAUGGAAGAACAAAUAUGUCUGUCAGCUCCUCUUUGGUUCAGGUGUGCUGGUGUCCCUAAGCCUCUCUGGGCCGCAGCUGGAAAAAGUGGUGAUUGACAGAAGCCUGGUGGGGAAGCUCAUCUCCAACUCCAUCAGUGAUGCUCUUCUCACAGACAACUUUAUCAUCUUAUCAUUUUUGACACAAAACAAACUAUGUUUUAUUCAGUUUACCAAGAAGAUGGGUUCUCCUGAUACAAACAAAAGACUGGAAAAACUCUCAGCCUUGGAUUAUAAGAUUUCCUAUUACGAGAUACCUGGCCCAGUAAACAGGACAACAGAGCGUCAUCUAGCUAUCAAUUGUGUUCAGGAUAUAGUUGCUUGCUGGUGGCCACUGGUCAGUGAUGAUGCUUGGCCUUGGGCCCCCAUUUCUCCUGAGAAGGACAGAGCCAAUCUGCUGCUCCUAGGUUAUGCUCAAGGAAGACUGGAGGUUCUGAGUUGUGUCCGCACAGAAUGGGAUCCACUGGAUAUUCGCUUUGGCACCAAACAGCCUUAUCAGGUGUUGACAGUGGAGCGCUCCGUCAGUGUAGACAAAGAGCCCAUGGCUGACAGCUGCAUCUAUGAAUACAUUCGGAACAAAAUCCAGUGUAUAUCAGUAACCAGAAUACCACUAAGAUCAAAGGCCAUUAGCUGCUGCAGGAAUGUUACUGAAGACAAACUGAUUCUGGGCUGUGAAGAUUCUUCAGUAAUUCUUUAUGAAACUCACCGUAGAGUAACUCUCUUAGCCCAGGCUGAACUUUUGCCUUCAUUAAUAAGCUGCCACCCAAGUGGCGCCAUUCUACUAGUUGGCAGCAACCAAGGGGAGCUUCAGAUUUUUGAUAUGGCUUUAUCCCCUAUUAACAUCCAGCUCCUGGCUGAAGACCGUUCACCCAGGGAGAUUCUGCAGUUCAAUAAAUUCUUUGACAUUUCCAGCAGUCUUGUUCAAAUGCAGUGGAUAGCUCCUUGGAUGGUUACUCAGAAGCCAGAAUGUGGGGACAUCUAUGAUCUCCUCUUCCUCAGGUUUGACAGAGGACCUUUGGGUGUACUUUUGUUUAAACUUGGUAUCUUCACACGAGGACAGCUGGGCCUGACAGACAUCAUUUUCCAGUACAUUCACUGUGAUGAGAUCUAUGAGGCAAUAAACAUCCUGAGCAGUAUGAACUGGGACACUCUGGGUCACCAAUGCUUUAUCAGCAUGAGUGCCAUUGUAAACCAUCUUCUUAGACAAAAACUCACUCCAGAGAGAGAAGCACAGCUUGAGGCAAGCCUUGGAACCUUUUAUGCUCCAACAAGACCACUCCUGGAUACAACUAUAUUGGAAUAUAGAGACGAAAUCAGCAAAUAUGCAAGAAGAUUCUUCCAUCACUUGCUCAGGUACCAGAGAUUUGAAAAGGCAUUUCUGUUAGCUGUUGACAUUGGUGCUCGUGACCUGUUUAUGGACAUCCAUUACUUUGCAUUAGAUAAGGGUGAAUUGGCACUAGCUGAAGUGGCAAGAAAAAGAGCUAGUGACAUUGAUGCAGAAUCAAUAACCUCUGGAGUUGAACUCCUGGGGCCUUUCGACAGAGGAGAUAUGCUAAAUGAAGCUUUUGUUGGCCUAUCUUUAGUUCCUCAAGGAGAAGACAUAUUUACAGAUAACCUCCCUCCCUUUUGUUCAAUCCAUAAACAUAUUAUUCAACAAAGAACACUGAAUGUCUCUUCUAAUAGACAAGUACUUGACGGAAGAAAUGAACUUGAAAAAGACACCUGUGCCGAAUCUUUGACGCCUAAGACCUGUAAUAAAGAAGGAGAAAUGAGAGAAGACUGCAUAGAACAGGAAAUUGGAGAUGGUGGUUCUCUCAGAAUGGUUCACUUUGGCUUGGUAUAAACAAUAAAAAAAACUUCCUUUUUACUUAAAAAAAUUUUUUUAAUUUUUCACAUCUAAAUUUUUCAUGGCCUGGUACAGAUUAGAAUCUCCCUGUACAGAUUAAAAAGAGGAAAAACAGUAUGAAUUAGUUAAGAGUUUUAAAUUCAGAAUAUUCUCAAAAUAAACUUCUAUUAGUCUCAAAAACAUGUAGCAUAACAGCAGUGAUCAUAAAUAAAAGUCCUUAAUUUAUUUUCAAUAAUGUAAAAUUUUCAAAGUUUCUUAAAUUGUACAUUAGGUGCUUAAAAAGUAAAGUAUUUAAACUUGGUUCUCCCAAGUAUUUUAAACAUUUCUUGUGAUCUUGUUUACAUUAUUCAUUUGCAUUAUGAAUAAGAAAUUUAUUAUGCAAAAAUUUCCACCCAGACCCAUUGUUGGGAGACAAUUUUCUAUGGGUCUCUUGAAUUAUUGCUAUGAGGCAAAGAAUGUCCCUUGGAGCCAGAUACCAUCUCUGCAGCACAGGUCAGGCAUGCUUACUACCCAGUUGAUAAGUUUUAUUUUCUUAUUUGGUAAAGAUUUUAUUGCUAAGUAAUUAUGCCAAACAUGGGGCUCGAACUUACAACCCCAAGAUCAAGAGCUGCAUGCUCCAUUGACCAAGCCAACCAGGUUCCCCACCCAUUUGAAAAGAUUUAAAGUUCCUUAAGCUCAGAGUUCCUAUCCUUUACAUAGCCCACUGUGUGCAGGUAUCAUCUGACCCUCUUUACAUUACCCUGUGGGAAUGGGCUUUGGAAUCAAUGCCCCCACCAAAAGUUGA